AUGCCUGUACCAGACAACAGAGAAGAUCAUUCCAUUCAACGAUGUGUACAACUUCUCUUUCCCAUGGGAGGUCUCGGCUCACGCUUUGCAGACAGCGGCUACGGGCUGCCAAAACCACUCAUUCCACUGCAAGAGGGUUUACCAAUGAUAGUGAAGAGUAUUAGCAGUUUCGCAGCCACUUACAUGAAUGCUAAUCAUGAUGGACAAUCUACAGAUGAGAAUGGAGAGGAAUCUCUUGAUGAAUAUACUAUUCCUACUGGGUCGUUACCGUUGCGUCUUAUCUUUAUUGUGCGAGAAGAGCAUGAGCGGGAGUACAAACUACGCACAUAUUUGCAACAACUCUUUUCUAGCUGUAAGACUGGAAUACAUAACAGUUAUAAUAAUAAUGAUAAUAAUAAUAAUAAUGUGUGCCUCUCACCCACCGCGAGAGAACUAGUACAUCACAUGGAUAUUGUAGAUGUGCAAUUUGUGAUGAUGGACCACAACACACGCGGAGCUGUAGAGACGUGUUUACUCGCUAAACAUAUAUUGUAUGCUGAUAAUCCUGUAAUCGUAACUGAUUGCGAUCUCUUCUUCCGCUCCCAUGCCUAUGAAAGAUAUCUUUGUAAACUAUUAUCCCAGUCCGCUCGUGUCUGUGAAGGUCAAUCCACGGAUAUAGAUAAGGAUAAGAAUUAUUUGGCUGGAUUGCUGGUGUAUUUUCCCUCCACAUCGCCUCGAUAUAGUUAUGCCCGAUUAAAGGAGAAUGGCAGUGGUGAUGUGUUGGAGACUGUAGAGAAGGUGCCGGUGAGUUCAUGUGCGUUAAUUGGGGCGUAUGCAUUUGCGACGGCGGCAUUAUUUCUGCGGGCAGGCGAAUCCCUCAUGCGAGAUGUCACGAUUGCAGAAACUGGAAUCUCAACAACCACAACAACAAGAAUGAUUUCUUUACGAGAGGCUCUAAUGAGAAGGAAAGAGGAAAAAGAAGAUGUACAGAAAGGGGAGUUUUCUUUUCUAGUGAAGGAGUAUUAUCUCAGUCUUUUAUAUAAUUAUCUGCUGCAUUGGGGAUUCUGUGUAAAGGCGGUGCCAAUGGAUGAGUUUGCCUCUUUUGGUACACCAGAGGAACUCGAACGGUAUAAACAGGGACUUGUCUCAUAUGUGGAGUCUUGA